AUGGCACCGUCCAACGAGUAUGCAGUAAGUGGAGGAGGCCGGUUGAAGAUCAAAGGCUCCAAGGUUCAGGACGGGCGUGUGGAUAAGAAGAAGAAAAAGAAGAAGAGAGAUAAGGAAAAGGAGGCAGGCGUUGCUGUGAGAAAGGAGGAAGAAGAGGAGGAGGACGGAGAUGCAGCUGUUGGUGAAGGGUCGAGCGCAAAGGGGGAAAAGGAUAGCCGGAGUCGGAGUGUGAGCGAGCUCCUUGAGGGCGAUGACGGGAAGACUGAAGCUGAGAGGAGGCAUGCUGAGGCAAAGCGGAAGCGGCUCAACGAACGACUGAAGCGAGAAGGCGUCAAGACACACAAAGAGCGAGUGGAGGAGUUGAACAAGUACCUCAGCAACCUGAGCGAACAUCACGACAUGUAA